AUGCCUAUAUUAGUUAGGGAUUUUACAUGGACUCAAACGUUAAAUACAAUAAAUGUAAGGAUUCCUCUAGACCCGGUGUACAGAGAAAAAGUCGAUCUUUUUACUACCGAUAAGUACAUAAAGGCACAUUUCAGUCCAUUUUUAUUUGAAGUGUUUUUGCAGCAUGAUAUAGAUAGUGUUAAAAGUAAAUGUAUAUUACAAGACAAUCUAAUUGUUUUUGAUUUAUUGAAAAAGGAAGAACUGGAUUGGGACGCGUUAGAAAAGAUUUUAAGCAGAAAUGAAAAAGCGAAAUUGCGUGAAGAAAUUUUACUCGAAUGUCAGGUUAAAGCUAAAGCAGCAUCUGAGGAAAAAGCUAUCAAAAAAAGUCAAUUAGAUAGAUUUACAGUUCAACAAGCGAUGGAUAUAGAUAACAAGCAGCAUAAUUUAAUGGAUUCACGAAGAGAUGCUGAACGCAAUAAGGCUAUGGACGAUUUAGAAAAUUGGAGACUUACCAAAAUUACUGACAACGUUAAACAAAAUAAAAUUAUAAAUAAUGAAUGUAAUACACAUAGCGGUGUGUCAAUAAUCGAGUUGCCUGAUGAAGAUGAAGUCCCAAAAGUCGAGAAAAAACCGGCUAAAAACCCAAGCCGACCGAUCGUUAAAAUGCCUGUUCAAACUCCGGUAAUGUCUGAAUACAUUGAAAGGAAGAAAGAAGAAGCAGUGAAACGUGUACUACCGAAAUUGCGUGAGUCUGGCCUGCUAGAGAUUAAACAUACGCCAAGGACAUUUCCUACGCCGAGUAGAGAAUCAACCGCCCAAGAAGAGGAAGCUUGGUUAAAGAAUAUUACACAAGCUAGAAAAGCUAUUGGUUUCGUUUCCGAGGAUUUACGCCCUGAAGAACAAGACCCGCAGUGGUGUAAGGAAAAAGGGGACGAAUUCUUUCGCAACGGCAACUAUCUGGGUGCGAUCAGUGCGUAUACACACGGCAUCACAUUGUCCGAUAAACUGCCAACGUUGUACGCAAAUAGAGCAGCUACACACUUCGCUUUGGGAAACUUUAAUAAAUGUGUGACUGAUUGUUCUUCAGCUUUGGAUUUGAUGAAACCGGCAUGCGAAGGAAACAGGCGUAGUCGGGCCAAAUGUAUCGCACGAAGAGCCGCCGGUUUAGCUAGAUUGGGCUACCUCAAUAAAGCUAUCGACGAAAUGAAAGCCGCCUCAAAACUACUACCAGAUGACGAAAACAUAAAGAAAGAUAUCUAUGAUAUGGAAAGAGCGUGGGAACAAAACCCAGACUCAGAUUAAACACCAGGAAUAAAUCUAA